AUUUCUUCCAACAACUUUGUAGAACAAUUUUAGUUCAUUUUUUAAAACAAGAGCUUUUUGCUUGGUUUUUUAACUUAUAAAUAAUCUAUUUAUAAGGAAAGCUUAAAAUAAGCGUUUGGUAUCAUUGGAAGUCCAAAUUGAAGGAAAUUAUACAUUUGGCAUUUUUUUGCAUAUAUAGGAUCUGGGUUUCGGUUCUCGUUUUUCCACUCGUUUUAUUUGAUAUUCACAAUGAACAGUAGCUUAGUAGCUUCGUACCUGUUUACAGUGGAUAAGAAUGAAGAUGAGGCAAAGGACAUCAUAAACCAUAUCAUAAAAGACCUUGUUGAUGACAAAAUUGGCAUCGUUGAUGUGGUUACCUCAAUUGGUGAUUAUUUAACGAAUACCAAUGUUUCCAUGCGAGCAAAGGCUUUGCUUUUACUUUCCCAAGUUUUGGAGGGAUUACCAAAAGACAGACUUCCUGUAAAACAUGUGUCUGUAUUGAUCCAGUUUUAUCUUAAUCGUUUAGACGAUGAAGUUACCUUGACGGAAAAUUCUUUGGGAAUUGCUGCUUUACUUCACAUGGACAAUUUUCCAGCUCCCAAAGUUGUGGAAGUCUGCUAUUGCUAUUUUGAUGCCACCGAUAUGCCUAAGUAUUCACAAAAAACUCGGUAUAGUAUUUUGAAAAUCUUUGAUAUAAUUAUCGACGAAUAUCUGUUUGACAUUUCACCACAGACAAAAGAUGCAUUCUUUGCCGGCAUUUGUACGACUUUCGCCGGUGAAAAGGAUCCAAGAAAUUUGUUCUUAGUUUUCUCAAUGCUUCAAAAAAUAUUAAAGCGAUUUCCCAUAGGUGGGUUUGAAAAGCAAUUCUUUGACAUUGCUUAUUGUUAUUUUCCGAUUACUUUUCGAGCUCCUCCUGAUGCGCAAGCUUUAACAAUAACGACAGACGACCUGAAAGAACAAUUACAAAAUACCUUAAUUGCAACUGAUGCUUUCUCACACUUGCUUCUUCCGGAGUUGUUUAAAAAACUGAAAGCUUCUGCUGUUCGUGUCAAGGUUGAUGCCCUUAAAAUUUUUACUCAAGCCUGCCAACAUUGGCAUCCUAAUUCUUACUUGUGGAGCUGUGCCGACUAUUGGGAAUCCAUAAAGCAGGAGAUCUUGGAAUCUACUGAUACAACGUUGCAGAAUACUGCACUAAAUGCGUUAAAUAUUCUAGCAAAGAAUUUAUAUAAAGAGAACGGUUUGUCGUCAAACUUCACCGACUUCCUUGAUAUCGUUAUAACUCAGUCCUUUGAAAAUUUUUCAAAAGAUUUUACCGUAAAAAUCGCAUCUGCAAUGGGUGCCGUUUUUGCAGCAGUUGCUUCUGUGUCUGUGGAGAGUUUUAAUUACUGCAGUGAUAAGCAUCUACGACAAAUCAUUCAUUUGCCUAUGGAGUCGGAAACUCUUGAAAAGAGACACGGAAUGCUAAUUUUUUUGAAUUAUAUGUUCAAAUGUAAUGCAUUGUUAUACGGAAAAUGGAAAAGUCAGAAUGCCGUAGACGCUCCUAACCCUUUGCUGCCAUAUAAAAACCAGUUUUUGAGUUUCAUGUCAGCAUCCCUAAUGGGCGUCGCACAGGACGAAUUGGAUUUACGGGUUUCCGCUGUCGAUGUGUUAUAUACUCUAAGCACCGUAAAGGGAUAUUUGGACGUUAAUGAACUCACGAUGAUUGUUCAAUUCUUGGUCGAGAUUUCCUUUGAAUUAAAUGAUCCGUUGAGAAAAAACGCUACUGAUAAACUGAAAGACAUUGGUUUAUUUAAACCAGACAUCAUAUUAAUGGUGGCCUUUCCUCAUGCUUUUUCUUUAUUUCCCGAAAUAUCAUCUAAAUUCGGUUCUGCCGAAGAUACUGCUUUUAGACACUCGCUUCAUAUCUUAAUGACCGUCUCUGAAGAGAAAAGUCUUUUCAAAGCUUUAGUUAUUAGAUUGAUCGAAGUCCUAAAAGACCAUUUCAAUGCGGCGAAAAACGAAUCAUAUUUUACAAGCAUCGUGCUCCAAAAUCUUUGUCUUGCUUUUCGAAACCGAAACAUUCAAAACAGAGAUGAUGUACCAUUUUAUUUGGAGAGUUUGGUACCCUGGUUAUAUACUAUUAGCUUCAAAUAUGCUCCUAUGUUCGUUUUGAGUAUCAAAGACCUUACUAGUAUUUCACAGAUUAUAAACGAGAUUAUACGAGUUUGUCCCUUGCAAAACCAAAUUUCCUUUUCAGAUGAUUUACGGAAGCUUUAUUUUACUAAUGAUCAGUCUAAUCUCAUACAGGAUGACAUGUCCGUGAAAGAGAUAGCAUCUCAGUUCAGUUUUGAAAAAGCAAUAAUUGAUCAGAAGUAUGCAGGAUUAGUCUUACUUCUACAAGGAGGUAUGAACGGCCUUCAAAGAUUGGUUCCGAUUGUUAGAGACUUACAUGUGACGUUAUUAAAUUCAUGCGUUGACACCGUUGAGAAGGCCACGAUCCCAGCCGUGAUUUUGUCUGCUUUACGUUUAUUAUCUUCCCUUCUGAACAAAUGUAGCAAGGAUGAAGAUAUAAAUAGUUUUCUUCAGUCAGCUACUGUCAAAUCUUCUUACGAAAAAGCUAAAUCGGGAGAUAGAGGACAAUCUAAGGUAGGAGUACAAAUCCUCUCUUGGAUUGCGAAAGCUUUAGUUUCUCGAAAGCAUCAGUCUGCUGACAAUGUCGUAAAUUACUUGCUUGACUGCUUGCAUUUGGAAGAUGCUACUCCAGUUGUAACCGGGUUCGCUGUUAUUAUCAGGGAUGAUCCUGCUUUGAACAAAACUAAUCACAAUAUUGAAAGAAUUCUCUAUAAGCAAAAAUUUUAUGUGGAAGUGAUGCCUAAGCUUUUGGAGGCUAUACGUGAAGUUACCUCCAAGGAAAAGCCAUUCUACUUGAUGGUUUUGUCGAUUGUGAUAGGUAAUGUUCCUGAAGACGUCGUUAUUCCUGAUAUGCCAACUGUAUUACCUUUGCUCCUACAGUGUUUGGUGCUUGAGGAUAUCGGUGUAAAAUACUCAGCCCUUAAUGUUAUAAUGACCGCCAUUAAGGAAAUGCCUUCCCUAAUUUCUGAUUAUAUGAACUCAUUAAUCCCAUCCCUACUCACUAUCCCUAAAGACACCAACAAUCCAGCUGCCAUUCGCCUACUAGCUUUGAAAUGUCUAGGAUUGUUACCAGAACUUAUAUCCCCAAUUCAUAUACAGCCUUUCAGAGCGAAAGUGAUUCGUGAAAUGAUACCGUGUCUUGACGAUAUUAAACGUGUUGUAAGAACGGAAGCCAGCCGAACUAGGCAUAAAUGGUAUACUUAGUUAAGUCUAUGAGAAUAUACAUCAAAUAUAAUACUUUUUUGGCCAAGGAAGGGACAAAGCUUCGUUAAUCAUAUCAAAGAAAUCUUCUCUAAAGCCAGGAUCUUGUCGUAUUAUAUGAUGUUUUGCAAUUGGAUCAUCAUUAAGCCAUUCAUAGAAUACUGUGCUAGGGCAUACCUCCCAUUCGACUUGCAUAGACACGAUUGUAUGUAAAAGAAGCUCUAAAGUUGUUGGGGAGUAGGAUGACCAGUUUGACUGAACUUGUGACUGUAGUAAAUAACACCAAUCUGAAACUAAACCAUCGGUAACUUUCGAGUAUUUUGAAAGGUGAAGAUGUAAUGACUCUAAGAGAAUAGCGAUUCUACCAAGAAGCUGU